AUGGCGACCACUUCGAAUAUGUUCUUGUAUUCCCUCACGAUCCAGCCGCCGACCACCAUCUCGCAGGCGAUCCUGGGUCAGUUUUCUGGGACCAAGGAACAACAAAUCAUUGCAGCUUCUGGCUCCCGCCUCACCCUUCUACGACCCGACCCAAGCCAAGGCAAAGUCAUCACUUUGGUCUCCCAUGAGAUCUUUGGCAUCAUCAGAGCCGUCGCAGCUUUCCGGCUUGCGGGCUCCAGUAAAGCCACCGAUUCUGGAAGGAUUGCCAUCAUCGAGUACAUGCCAGCACAAAAUCGAUUCGUGCGUAUCCAUCUGGAAACAUUUGGCAAGUCGGGUGUACGCCGCGUGAUACCGGGCCAGUUUCUUGCAGCAGAUCCCAAGGGCAGAGCAUGUCUCAUCGCGUCUAUCGAGAAGAACAAGCUUGUAUAUGUCCUGAAUCGAAACUCACAGGCGGAGCUCACCAUCUCAUCGCCGUUGGAGGCACAUAAACCGGGCGUUCUUGUUUUCUCCAUGGUGGCGCUAGACGUUGGAUAUGCCAACCCGGUCUUUGCUUCUUUGGAAACCGAGUACACCGACUGUGACCAAGACCCCACUGGCGAAGCAUACCAGGAAGUAGAGACCCAGCUCGUCUACUAUGAGCUGGAUCUGGGCCUGAACCAUGUUGUGCGGAGAUGGUCCGACCUCGUGGAUCCAACGGCAUCUCUGCUCUUCCAGGUUCCUGGAGGUAACGAUGGGCCAAGCGGUGUCCUCGUUUGCGGAGAAGAGAAUAUCACCUAUCGUCACUCAAACCAGGAGGCGUUCCGUGUUCCGAUUCCCAGGAGGCGAGGCGCCACGGAAGAUCCCAAUAGGAAACGCAACAUCGUCGGUGGUGUCAUGCACAAGUUGAAAGGCAGUGCUGGCGCUUUCUUCUUCCUCCUACAGACCGAGGAUGGCGACUUGUUCAAGCUCACACUCGAUAUGGUGGAAGACGACGAGGGCAAUCCGACAGGCGAAGUCAGAAGAUUGAAGAUCAAAUAUUUCGACACGAUUCCAGUUGCAUCUAGUUUGUGCAUCUUGAAGAGCGGUUUCCUCUUCGUCGCGAGCGAGUUUGGCAAUCAUCAGUUCUACCAGUUCGAGAAGCUGGGUGAUGAUGACGAAGAACUCGAGUUCUUCAGUGACGACUUCCCUAGCGAUCCCAAAGCACCAUAUGACCCUGUUUAUUUCCACCCUAGACCCAACGAGAACCUGGCUCUUGUCGAAAAUAUCGACUCGAUGAAUCCUUUACUGGACACCAAGGUCGCCAACCUCACAGACGAAGAUGCCCCACAGAUCUACUCAGUGUGUGGUAACGGGGCCAGGAGCACUUUUAGAAUGCUGAAACACGGCCUGGAAGUCAACGAGAUUGUUGCUUCUCAGCUCCCUGGCACGCCUUCAGCAGUAUGGACAACCAAGCUGCAACGGGAUGAUCAGUAUGAUGCAUAUAUCGUACUUUCCUUCACCAACGGCACACUGGUUUUGAGUAUUGGAGAGACUGUCGAGGAAGUUACUGAUACCGGUUUCCUGGCAUCCGUUCCAACGCUCGCCGUCCAGCAACUCGGUGACGAUGGCCUUGUACAGGUUCACCCCAAAGGCAUUCGGCACAUCCGUCAAGGCCGGGUGAACGAGUGGUCUGCCCCGCAGCAUCGAUCAAUCGUCGCCGCGGCAACCAACGAGAGACAGGUGGCAGUGGCUCUCAGCUCAGGAGAAAUCGUGUAUUUCGAAAUGGACACAGACGGUUCAUUGGCAGAGUAUGACGAGAAGAAGGAGAUGUUUGGCACUGUCACUUGCCUUAGCCUCGGAGAGGUACCCGAGGGCCGCCUGAGGAGUUCUUUCCUGGCCGUCGGCUGUGACGACUGCACUGUCCGCGUGCUCAGUCUUGAUCCUGAGUCAACACUCGAGAACAAGUCCGUGCAGGCCUUGACAGCAGCCCCAUCUGCACUGUCGAUCAUGUCAAUGGAGGACUCGUCUUCCGGCGGCUCCACCUUAUACCUACAUAUCGGUCUUCAUUCUGGCGUCUAUCUUAGGACCGUCCUCGAUGAGGUCACAGGAGAGCUGACAGACACGCGGCAGAAGUUCCUGGGGCCCAAAGCCGUCAGGCUAUUCCAAGUGUCUGUGCAGGGCAGCACCUGCGUGCUUGCUUUGAGUUCUCGCUCUUGGCUGGGCUAUGCAGAUCCUAUUACGAAGGCAUUCACCAUGACUCCCCUCAGCUAUGAAGAGUUGGAGUGGGGUUGGAACUUCAGCAGCGAACAGUGCGAGGAGGGGAUGGUAGGAAUUCAUGGCCAGUUUCUCAGGAUUUUCUCUGUUGAGAAGCUUGGCGAGAGCCUCAUCCAGAAGUCGAUUCCGUUGAGCUAUACGCCACGGCGACUUGUCAAGCACCCAGAACGCCCAAUCUUCUACACUAUUGAAGCCGACAACAACACAUUGCCCCUUGAGCUUCGAGAGAAGUUGCUGGCUGACCCCAAGGCUGUCAAUGGCGACGCAAAGGUGCUCCCGCCAGAAGACUUCGGCUAUCCAAGGGGCCCUGGGCGCUGGUCGUCCUGCAUCAGCGUUGUCGACCCCGUGAGCGAAGAAUCCGGCGUGCUCCGUAAGAUCGAACUCGAAAAUAACGAGGCGGCUGUCAGUGCUGCCGUCGUUUCAUUCGCGAGCCAGGAUGGCGAAAGCUUCCUGGUUGUCGGAACUGGCAAAGAUAUGAUUCUGAACCCCAGACGCUUUUCUGAGGGCUACAUCCACGUGUAUCGCUUCCACGAUGAUGGCAGAGAUCUGGAAUUCAUACACAAGACCAAAAUCGAGGAGCCGCCAAUGGCAUUGCUGCCAUUCCAGGGUCGCUUGGUUGCAGGCAUCGGAAGGAUUCUUCGGGUCUACGAUCUCGGCUUGCGUCAGCUGCUACGAAAAGCACAAGCUGAAGUCGCCCCCCAGCUUAUCGUCUCUCUGCAAACCCAGGGGAGCCGCAUUGUCGUGGGCGAUGUACAACAGGGAGUGACGUAUGUUGUCUACAAGUUCGAGACAAACAAGUUGAUCCCGUUCGUUGAUGACAGCAUCAACCGCUGGACUACCUGCACAACUAUGGUUGACUACGAAUCUGUCGCUGGCGGCGACAAAUUCGGCAACCUGUGGAUCCUUCGAUGCCCCGAGAAGAACAGCCAGGAGGCCGAUGAGCCUGGGUCGGAAGUCCAUCUCAUGCAUUCCCGAGACUACUUGCACGGCGCUCCCAACCGACUGACCCUGAUGGCACACGUCUUUACGCAAGACGUGCCGACAAGCAUAUGCAAGACCAGUCUGGUUGUCGGUGGUCAGGAAGUGCUGCUGUGGAGUGGAAUCCAGGGUACUGUCGGUGUUCUCAUCCCGUUCGUCGGCCGUGAGGAUGCAGACUUCUUCCAAAACCUUGAAUCGCACAUGCGAAGCGAGGAUCCUCCACUGGCUGGCAGGGACCAUCUGAUGUACCGGGGCUUCUAUGUCCCCGUCAAGGGUGUGAUUGACGGCGAUCUCUGCGAGAGGUACAAUCUGCUGCCCAAUGACAAGAAGCAGAUGAUUGCUGGAGAGCUGGACCGCUCAGUGCGAGAAAUCGAGCGGAAGAUUUCGGAUAUUCGCACUCGUUCUGCCUUUUAG